CAGGCAGCUUGAAGAGCAUGAGACUUUGAAAGAAGCCAAUAUCCAGAAUGGCUCAGUCCUGCUUCUUGUCAGCAACAAAAGAUAAUGCCAAAGAGCACAGCAAAAGCCAUGGGAGACGGGGAGCGUGACAAGGGCUGAAAGGAAGCAGAUGGAAGGGAGCCUGGCCACGGAACGGCAGCGUGGCCACGGGCGCUGGUAAGUCCUUCCCUGCACGCCAGCUCCAGGACUGUUCAAAAGCAGCUCUGCGUGUUUUAAGCACAGUGCCUAUGAAUAAUUAACCCCCAAACAACUACAAGUAACAUUUCCUCAUCAGCAAGCCUUGUGGUCCGAGCUGCCCAAGGAGAAGCGUGGGUUAGGCUGACUCAGCUCCUGAGGGCAAUGAAUCAGAGUGAAAUGCCCGUGAAAAGGUAAAUCCUGCCUGGGUGGAGAAGCAAGAAGGAGCUGAGGUGAGCUUUGCUGAGGGCCUCUGAUGGGAAUGGUUGACAUCCGAGCCUCUUUCCAACCCCUCACAGGACUCCUCAUGCAGUUGCUGCCUUUCUUCAGAGCAAGAAAAGCUGGUUUGGUUGCUGUCCUUCAAAUGAUGGAUCUUAUCACAUGGGAAAAAGAAGAAAAAAAGCAAACCACCUGCAAACAGCCACAGGUGUGGACAAGACUGAGGACUGAAGCUGAAAGGUGUGCAAGCUCCCAUCUGCGUGCCAGCCUGGGCGUACUGCAAGGUGGAGACAUCUGCAGCUUCAUGUGCAGCACCACGGAUGGGCUUUCUUCUUGUCAGCAGCGCUGCUUAUCUUCGGGAUCCUCCUAUUGUUGGGGCAUCACCGAGAGCGUUACUGUUUGCUCUUUGCUGCUGCAUUCACCUCUACUCACAGCUGCAGCCAGGCCUUCCCAACCAGCUGCUUUUCCUGAGCUGCAGGACAGAAGACAAGCCCAGGCAGGGCCAUCUGCAGCAGCUGCUGUGCUCCAGCAGAGCAGCCAGGCUGAGGCACGCUGCAGUUCUGCUCCUCCCCUCUACCCGUCGCGGAUGCAUCGAGCGCUUCUGUUUACAGGGCCAUCAGUCUGGCAGCUUUCCUCAACACUAAAUUUACUUUUUGAAGUUACAUCAGUGUUGUACCCAGAGGGAAUGGAGGAACAGAUGCAGCCUGUGAAGUCUGGCUUUAAUUCACCUGCCUCAUUUAAUUUCCUGCCCUGCCUUCUAAUCAAUGAGUCUGCACUGGCAGCCCUGGGAAUACAGAGGUUUUCUCACAUACAGGAGACCUCAAUGUGGUGGAACUCAGGGUCUCCAGCACACUGUGUCCCGUCUCCUUUGAGGCUUUCUGUGCCCCUGAAGCACUGCACACAUGUAGUGGCUGCAUCUCCUCCAUGGGGCCACUGGUGGUCCUUCACUGGGACAGCAGCGUUACAUCACCUCAGAGCUGUUUGCCUCAGAUUCUCAGGAGUGCCAGGAAACACUGCAGAAAGGGGCCGGGGCAUUUCUGCUUUGUGAGCAGGCUCCCAUUGUCCUGUUUCUUUUUUUUUUUCCUUGGGCUCAUGUCAAUUCCAGGCAGCGCUGCCCAGUUGCUUAAUCAGCCAGUGUCUCCAACUGGGAGAGAAGGAGAGAAGGCUGCCCUUGGCUGGCAGCACUUAUUUUGUGACGGGUCUGCUUCACCUCAUGUAUUAUAAUCUGUAUCAGAUUGCUCUUUGCUUGCUAAAAUGGACAAUUAGGAUCCAGUUGUAAUGCAAAUUGCACAGUGGAAUAAAAACCAUGGGGAACCAAAUCACAAAUAAGUAUUUAUGUCAGCCUUUGUUACUGCGUGAUGGGUCCUGCUCAGUUGCUGCUCGCUGCGA